CUGGUCAGGACAGUGAUUUAGUGAGGAAGUAGUUUCUCUACUGAUUUGUUGUUCGUGAGUGUACAAGUGAACUAGUUUGAUUCUUUGUUAUACUGAUUGGAGUCACUCUCUGAAGAGGUGAACCAUGAAGCAGAAACGAAAAAGGAAGCAUCUAGAAAGGACAAGUUCCCCCCAAACUGUCAAGAGGUCAAAAGACAAUACUCUAGUCCCUGAGGCAAAAGGUGAAUCCUCUGAAUCAGAAUACUUCUCCUGCUAUUCCUCCUUGAGUCAUCUGUCUUCUGCAGGAAUCUCAAAAUCAAGCAAAUUUGAUCCACCACCUGGCCCCUCUGUGGAAGACAAUACUCGGGUCCCUGAGGCAAAGGGUGAAUAUUCUGAAUCAGAAUACUUUUCCUGCUAUUCCUCCUUGAGUCAUCUGUCUUCUGCAGGAAUCUCAAAAUCAAGCAAAUUUGAUCCACCACCUGGCCCCUCUGUGGAAGACAAUACUCUGAUAUGUGAGGCUAAAGGUGAAUCCUUUGAAUCAAAAUACUUCAGCUAUUCCUUCUUGAGUCGUCUGUUUUCUGCAGGAAUCUCAAAAUCAAGCAAAUUUGAUCCACCACCUGGCCCCUCUUUGGAAGACAAUACUCUGGUCCCUGAGGCAAAAGGUGAAUCCUCUGAAUCAGAAUACUUCUCCUGCUAUUCCUCCUUGAGUUAUCUGUCUUCUGCAGGAAUCUCAAAAUCAAGCAAAUUUGACCCACCACCUGGCCACUCUUUGGAAGACAAUACUCUGGUCCCUGUGGCAAAAGGUGAAUCCUCUGAAUCAGAAUACUUCUCCUGCUAUUCCUCCUUGAGUCAUCUGUCUUCUGCAGAAAUCUUAAAGAAGCAAAAGGAUACUCCACAGCCUGGUGAGAGUACCUCACAGGAAGAACACAGUGCCGUUGUCUCAAGUGACCUCCCCUGUGCCUCUGACAAUAAGAAUACUGAAAUCUUAAAGAAGCAAAAGGAUACUCCACAGCCUGGUGAGAGUACCUCACAGGAAGAACACAGUGCCGUUGUCUCAAGUGACCUCCCCUGUGCCUCUGACAAUAAGAAUACGGAAAUCUUAAAGAAGCAAAAGGAUACACCACAGCCUGGUGAGAGUACCUCACAGGAAGAACACAGUGCCGUUGUCUCAAGUGACCUCCCCUGUGCCUCUGACAAUAAGAAUACUGAAGUCUUAAACACAGAUGAAGACAUUCUACUUUCUGGACCCUCUGGGUUGGCCCAAGGCCACAGCCAGAGGGCAGAAGUUUCAGACUCAGAAUAUAUUUCCCGUAUCUCUCCUGCAGACAAGCUCUUUGACAGAGAAUUCUGGAAGAACCAAGAGAAUGUGCCUCAGCCUGAGUCAUAUGUGGUCUCUCCUGGCAGUGAGAUUGCAGGAGAAAAGUCUUCUUCCUCAGAAUACGUCUGCAUCUCCCCUUCUGGAAGCCAUCAAAAACACCAAGAUGUUUCUCAUCCUGGACAAUCUGAGCAACAUGAGACUUCUUCGCCCUUUCCAUAUGUCUCAUUUCCAUUCCAUCUGGUCAGUAGUACUCAGCCCUCUGAGCCCUCAGUACAACCACAGAAGGAAAGGCUCAUGAAAAUUUACUACAUGCAUGUCCAAAUGAAAAGGGGGGUGGCUGUCUUAAGUGAUUCAGAGGAAGAGCAGGAGCCUCCCUCAAAGAAGGCAAGACUAGAAGAAAUGGCCUUUCCUGAAAAGGUCCAUACAGAAGUCACCCCGUCUCAUGUGUGUACGAAGGAACUCCUAACUGGCAGUGAGUCCAGCUGGAACAGUGAAGCUCAAGAGGAAAAGGAGGAGGCUGACAGCCCAGCAGAGACUCCAGCUGUGGAGGAAUGUUCCAGGGCCAAGACCCCCGAAUGGCUUGUGGCCCUGGAUAGUGGCUUCAGGUGCAUGGGCUGCUGCCGGGUCUUCCCCAGCUUAGAGGCCCUACAGGAACACGUCCAGCAUGGGGUCACUGAGGGCUUUAGCUGCCAUACUUUCCAUCUGGCCUUAGCUUGGCUGAAGAGCAAGAAGAACAGGGCAAAGAAGAGAAGGGGGGAGAAUACUGGGAAGAGAACACACCGAGGCCAGAAAGAACAUCAUUCUGGCAUGAACAUGUCUUCAUGCUAAUAAACAGUCUCUCUUCAGCCCCUGAGAGAGAGAAAGUAGAGUAAACUAGACUCUACCAAGGGGCUUUCUUUAUCUUCUCUAAACAACCCUCGUACCCACCUCUAUUUAUACACAUCUACCACCCCGCCACUACCAGUGCACCAGCAGCAACAGGAGCAGAGGACCCCUUUCCAUUCUAUCCACUGCUCUCCCAAGAAGGAGGAGAAGAAGGUGGUUCUCACCAUGCGGAACAGCAAGACACUCACAUGCAGUCUAAAGAGCAUCGUACACCAGCGUAUCCUCUCUACCACUACACUGAAAAAAGGAGACUCCCUGGAAGCAGGGACUGCUGGAGGCCACAUGGUCAAAGAGCAACACAGACCCAUCACCCCAAAGAUUUCAAACAACAGUAUCCAGCACAUUCCUGCAGGUCUGAUGGGAGUACAGACGUUUUCAUGAGUCCCAUAGCAUCAAGGGAGGACCGGCUAAAGAUGGAUGUACCUGAUCCUCUGCAGCUGCUCCCAGUUACCUGGAGAAAUGUGGUGCCCAGCUCUGGAGAAAAUAUCCACAGAGAGGCGUGAGAAGCCCAAGGAAUGCGGGGAAUACCAGGCCCUCAGGAGCCCUGAGAGGAAAGAGUCUCUGCUCCUGCUGACUCUCCCCCACCCUGCCAGAGUCAGGCACCGCUGAAAAUCCCUGCAAUAUUGCCUUGUGGGGAAGAGGGCGGUAUUGCUAGAGAUGUUAGUACUGUGGAAACACAUUUCUCCUACCUAGAGCUUUCACCAGUGGAGCAGAAGAUUGAUGACAGCUUGGCAGGAUUCGGGGGAGGAGACUGCUAACUUGACAAAGAAUCUAGUUUGAGUUCUGCUUGCGGCUUCUCAAAUCCCUUGCAUUUACUGCAGGUGUGAACACCUGGCUCAUAGUCUUACUCUCCAGCCUGGCUAUAGAUUUUUCACCCCAUCUAACUUAUUUCCCUCCUCGACAUCUUAUAUCCAUGAAUAUGUGCCUGAAGACUCUGACUAUGUGGUAGAUUGUAAUCCAUACCCUUCCUCCCCUGUACUCGCACCCACAAGUUUCCGCCAGUGUAGUCUUUGUUAACAGUUUUACUUAUUUUUCUAUAUCCUUUCCUUUAUAUGCACAUAUAUCUUUCUCUGUAUCGUUGUCUAAUACGUUCACCUGCCUGGUUAUUUGACUGGGGGACAGACAUUCUUAUUACUGAGAGAGGAAAAGCUACUGCACAAAUGAAACAAAAGCAAAGAAAAUACCCUGCUUGGCUUUUCUGGGCACAUGUAUGUUUACAAACACUUGAUAUACAGUCAUAGGAGAGAGGAUGGAACACCCUCAUCAGGGACGAUCAAAUGUGUGUCCACAAGGGUGCCCAAAGUCAUAAUCCAGUUUUAAGCUUACUAAUUUUAGAAACAUAAAAAAUAAAACAAGUUUUUAAAAGUAAAA